AUGUAUUUUUAUGUUCUUGAAACUAAUAAUAGUGGAAUCCGUUUUAAAUUUCAAGAUAUAAAAGAUAAAAUAAAGGAAUGUUCAGACAUGUUACUAUUAAAUUAUGAUGAUAGUAAAAUAGAAUCAGAACUUAAAAAUAUAAUAGAUUUUCAAGAACAAAAUGAAUUAGACAUAGACCCAUUUUAUAUAAAAAGACAAAUUGAUUUCGAAAAUAGAUUAUGUAAAAGGUUAAUGGAAAAUUUAAAAUCUCUUAACCAAUCUUUAGAUUCUUCCUUAGAAAAACAAAAGAAAUAUAUUGAAUGUUUUCGUUUAUUUCUUAAAAAUUAUAGAGCUUUUGCCGUUUACUUACACAAAAUUGAUCUUUCAUCCUAA